CUUUCCAAAAGCAAUAUGUCUUCCCCUCUGCAUGGAAAAAUGUCGGUUCCAGGACCUUACCAGACGGCCGCAGGACCUUACCAGACGGCCGCAGGACCUUACCAGGGGGCCGCAGGACCUUCUGCAAUGCCCACUGCACCCCCAACUUAUGAAGAGACAGUGGGUGUCAACAAUUACUACCCAACACCCCCAGCCCCUGUGCCUGGGCCAGCCACAGGGCUUAUCACGGGCCCAGAUGGGAAAGGCAUGAAUCCGCCUUCGUAUUACACCCAGCCUGUGCCUGUCCCCAACGCCAACGCAAUUGCCGUGCAAACUGUGUAUGUGCAGCAGCCUGUCACCUUUUACGAUCGCCCCGUCCAGAUGUGCUGUCCUUCCUGCAGCAAGAUGAUCGUGACACAGCUGUCCUACAAUGCCGGCGCCCUGACUUGGCUGUCCUGUGGGAGCCUGUGCCUGCUGGGGUGCAUUGCCGGCUGCUGCUUCAUCCCAUUCUGUGUGGAUGCCCUGCAGGACGUGGACCACUACUGCCCCAACUGCAAAGCCCUCCUGGGCACCUACAAGCGCUUGUAGGACUUGGCCAGUUGUAGGGGAGAUGUGUGUCCAUCUCCAUCCAGGAGAUGCCCAGCCUGCCUGGAAGAGGCUUCUUGAUCUCAUCUGUCCAAUGGCUCCAUCUUAGUGUCUUCUUGGAGGGGGUGAACCGGCGCAAAAGUAACAAACCUCCGAAUCCCAGAAAUUGCUGCUUGGAGUCGUGCUCUGCACAUACAGACAUGGACCUUGGGGUUCCUGCCUACCCAAGUCAUCCCAAGUAACUGUGAUUGUUGCCCUAUUUGCAUAUCCUCCGGUGAUUUGCCACUGGCUGGCUCCUCUUCUUCAGUGGGCCUUUCUGGUGGUGUUUUCAAACUGAGAAGCCACCUUUUGCCUUAUUUUUCAGACUGUUCUGGCUGAACAUGGCCAAACCAGCCUUUAGCACCUGUGAUCUUUUCCAUCUGUCCCUACCCCUGAUGACAGAGAGCUCGCCGUAAAGACGUUAUGAUUCUGUAAUUGCAGACCUCUUCAGCACCCAGACUCACUUUAAUUUCUUCAAGGUUUUAAAGUGCACAGAAGGGCUGCUAACAUCCACCAGACACAUCUGUGCUGUACAAAGUACACGAUGACAGAAAAGUAGGGCUGGUUUAGUCCUGCCCGCCCUGCCCUCCCAUGUCUCAGCACCACUCUGGAGGGAUUUUUUUCUCCACUGGGUAAUUGCUUCAGUUUCUGAGAUCCUUUUGAAUAUUACUUGCAGGGAGAUGCUUCUAGAACCAUUUUCGUAAAUCACAGCACAUCCAUCAUUUUUCCAUUUCCUAGUAUGUUUUUAUUUUGCUUUAUUUUAUUUUUUGAGAUAUGGUCUGGUUUUGUUUCCUUGGCUGGCCUGGAUCUCUGGGUUCAAGUGCUCCUUCUGUCUUGGCCUCCUGCAUAACUGGGACCCUGGAUAUGUACCACGAGGCAUGGCUCUAGUUUUUGUUUUCUUUUUAAUAGAAAAAGAAAUAGGUGAUGUAUGUACAUGUGUGAUGUUUUGAAAAAGCUUCUUUAUGUGGGACUCCAGUGCGUGAACAGAGGGCUAAGGAGAUCCAUUCGGGUGCAUGCCAUGGUGCUGAGAGCUUGGGUGAUGGAACUGCCUCAUGGAAGUCUGAUCUUACUUCUCAUGCACCAGUAUGGACUCUACAUCAGGAGACCUGAUUGGAGGACACAGGCAGGCAGACAAGCUAUAGUUUAUAGGUUGAACACUGUGUCCAGUUUAAAAUUGACACAGAACCCGGCCAGCUUUUUGGGAGGUCGUGUCUCCAUUCUAAAUCCCCAUAGGGAACUGGGGCAAAUAGUCUGUGAUCAAACCCAGACCUUGAACAGAAGUCUGUAUAUGGUUGAAAUAUAGUCAUAACCUUUGAUGGAGCUAUUUUUGCAGUUUGAAAAGUACUAGUCAUCUAUGCAGUGGAUUAUGGAUACCACAUGCUACUUUGGUGUCAUCUACUUUCAAACAAAUAAAAGUCUUCAGUUCACCCAGUGAA